AGUUAUCUGUUGUAGAUGAACUUUGCAAGAAAAACCGAACAAGUGGACAAACCAAGCCGGUGCUGGUGCCCAACACUGAACAUACUGUUUCCCCUGGCCUGGAUAUUCAUCUUGAUGGAUGAGACAGAAGUUAUGACCUGCUCCAGUGAACAUCUACAGAGGAUGAAAGAUAUAAGAAUGUUGUUUGUUUGUUUGAUGCAAGAUGCAAGAGGGAAUACAAGAAUGAUGUUUGUCUGUUGAAGAGUGGGGGUACUGGUUAAUGAGAGUAUAUAAGAAUGUAUAUGGAUUGUUAUGAUGGUUUGUCUGAGCAUGACAUAAAUGGUAUGGAAUAAGGGGUGGAGACUGUAGUGGGUCUGGGACGGUAGUGAUUUUCCACAGCAGCUCCUGCAGUGCUGUGCUUACUGUUGAUAUCAAUAUUAUGACUACCGCUUGCACAACAUCGGGGCUGUCCCUCCAGCAUUCCUUCCCCCACCUUCACCAAUAGCUGUGAGUGGGCAUGAUCUUGGGAGGGACUAUGGCCAGGACAGCUGACCCAGGCUGACCAAGGAGAUAUUCCAUACCAUAUGACGUCAGCUCAGGAAUAUAAACUGGGGGAAAGGAGCAGGAAGGGGAGGCGAGAUUCAUUUCUGGCCUUCCCAAAGCAACCGCUACGCGUACUGCAGCCCUGCUUCUCGGGAGGUGGCCGGACAUCGCUGCUGAUGGGAAGUAGAGAGUAACAGCUUAUCUGCUUCUGCUUUGCUUCCCGCGCGCGCGGCUUUGCUGCUUAUUUAUUAAACUGCUUUUAUCUCAACCCACGAGAUUCCCAUCUUAUUUUCUCCCCUUCCCUGGCUUGCUGAGGAGGUGGGGGAUAAAGCGGUGUGGUGGGCACCUGGCAUCCAGCCAGGCUCAAACUACCACAAACAUUCAGUUACAACAAUAAGCUUACAACUUUUUUAGCCCUGAAUAGCAAAAGGCAUAAGCAAGCUAAUGCACCUAAUCAUUACUAUGGGGAAAUGGAUAUAGUGAUUAAGAAAGAUACAUCACCAGUUGUUGUAUUGGUAUAUUACCAUCAUCCGGAUCUGCAGUGUCUGGGGAGCCCCGGUUGCAGUGAUCAUGUGGAGAGCCUGACCCAUCCAUUGGGACACAGUGCGGCCACUCAUAGGAUCCCUUGUGAGAACCUUCACUCCUUUUUACUUUCUGGUUGAGCCAAUGGAUAUUUUAUCAGUUCGUGGAGCUUCAGUUAUAAUGAACUGUUCAGCUUAUUGUGAAACUCCUCCAAAAAUUGAAUGGAAAAAAGAUGGGACUUUCCUAAACUUGGUGUCAGAUGACCGUCGCCAGUUGCUACCAGAUGGAUCUUUAUUAAUAAACAGUGUGGUGCAUUCCAAGCAUAAUAAACCUGAUGAAGGAUAUUAUCAGUGUGUGGCAACUGUGGAAAGCCUGGGGACCAUUGUCAGCAGAACAGCAAAGCUCACGGUAGCAGGCCUUCCCAGGUUCACCAGUCAACCAGAGUCAUUGUCUGUCUAUAAAGGAAACAGUGCAAUCCUUAACUGUGAAGUCAACGUUGACCUUGCACCAUUUGUGAGGUGGGAGCAGGAUCGCCAGCCAGUCUUUCUGGAUGAUCGUGUAUUUAAGUUACCAAGUGGAGCUCUAAUUAUUAGCAAUGCUACUGAUAUGGAUGGAGGACUCUAUCGCUGUAUCAUUGAAAGUGGUGGGACCCUCAAAUAUAGUGAUGAAGCAGAGCUCAAAAUUCUCCCAGAUCCAGAAGUUCCACAGAGCUUGAUGUUUGUGAGGCAACCUUCUUCACUUACUAAAGUUACCGGGCAAAGUGCAUUUUUCCCAUGUGUUGCUGUAGGAUUUCCAACCCCUUAUAUCAGGUGGACAAGAAAUGAAGAAGAACUUAUCACUGAAGGCUAUGAAAGAUUUCUUCUACUUGUGGGAGGCAGCCUGGAGAUCAGUGAUGUUACGGUGGAGGACGUGGGGACAUACACCUGCAUAGCUGAUAAUGGCAAUGAGACAAUUGAAGCUCAAGCAGAACUUACAGUUCAAGUUCCUCCUGAAUUUCUGAAGCGACCUGCUAAUAUUUAUGCUCACGAAUCUAUGGACAUUGUGUUUGAGUGUGAGGUGACUGGAAAACCUACUCCAACUGUGAAAUGGGUCAAGAACGGAGACAUGGUGAUACCAAGUGACUAUUUCAAAAUUGUUAAAGAACAUAAUCUGCAAGUUUUGGGUCUGGUAAAGUCAGAUGAAGGAUUCUAUCAGUGCAUUGCAGAAAACGAUGUUGGAAAUGCACAGGCUGGAGCCCAGCUGGUAAUACUUGACCUUGAUGUUGCCAUCCCAACAUUACCUCCCACUUCACUGACCAGUGCCACUAAUGACCAUCUAGCACCAGCUACAACAGGACCAUUGCCUUCAGCCCCACGGGACAUCGUGGCCACUCUCGUCUCCACUCGCUUCAUCAGAUUGACGUGGCGGACGCCUGCAUCAGACCCUCAAGGAGACAACCUCACCUAUUCGAUCUUCUACACCAAGGAAGGUAUAAACAGGGAACGUGUUGAAAAUACAAGUCGUGCUGGAGAGACACAAGUGAUGAUCCAAAACCUGAUGCCAGAAACAGUUUAUGUCUUUCGAGUUGUGGCUCAGAACAAGCAUGGCCCUGGCGAGAGCUCAGUGCCACUGAAGGUGGCAACUCAGCCUGAGGUUCAGCUUCCUGGUCCAGCACCCAAUAUUCGAGCAUACGCCACUUCUCCCACCUCCGUUACUGUCACCUGGGAAACACCACUGUCUGGCAAUGGAGAAAUCCAGAACUACAAGCUCUACUACGUGGAGAAGGGGCAGGACACUGAACAGGAUGUGGAUGUAGGAGGACUCUCCCACACCAUUAACGGACUGAAGAAAUACACAGAGUAUAGUUUCCGUGUGGUAGCUUACAAUAAACACGGUCCCGGUGUCUCAACCCAUGAUGUUGUUGUACGAACAUUGUCAGAUGUCCCCAGUGCUCCACCUCAGAAUCUGACACUGGAGGUGCGGAAUUCUAAGAGCAUCAUGCUUCACUGGCAGCCACCUCCUGCAGGGACACACAGUGGACAAAUCAUUGGCUACAAAAUUCGCUACCGGAAAGUGUCCCGCAAGAGUGAUGUAACAGAGAGCAUUGGUGGGACCCAGCUGUUUCAAUUAAUUGAAGGUCUUGAACGAGGGACAGAAUACAGCUUCCGAGUGGCUGCCUUGACAGUUAAUGGCACCGGACCAGCAACUGACUGGGUAUCAUCAGAAACAUUUGAGAGUGAUCUAGAUGAAACUCGUGUUCCUGAAGUUCCCAGUUCCUUACAUGUCCGGCCGCUUGUCACCAGUAUUGUUGUGAGCUGGACUCCACCUGAAAACCAGAACAUCAUGGUGAGAGGUUAUGCUAUAGGGUAUGGCAUCGGCAGCCCUCACGCUCAGACCAUCAAGGUGGACUAUAAACAGAGAUACUACACCAUUGAAAACCUGGACCCAAGUUCCCAUUAUGUCAUAACUCUGAAAGCCUUCAACAAUGUUGGGGAAGGAAUCCCUCUCUACGAGAGCGCAGUGACCCGACCUCACUCAGACACUUCCGAGGUUGAUUUGUUUGUUAUUAAUGCUCCAUACACUCCAGUGCCAGAUCCAUCUCCCAUGAUGCCACCAGUGGGAGUUCAGGCUUCAAUCCUGAGCCAUGACACCAUACGGAUCACUUGGGCAGACAACUCUCUGCCAAAGAACCAGAAGAUCACAGAUGCUCGCUACUACACAGUGCGCUGGAAAACCAAUAUUCCUGCAAAUACCAAGUACAAGACUGCUAAUGCAACCACUUUGAGCUAUUUGGUGACUGGGUUAAAACCAAAUACCUUGUAUGAAUUUUCCGUGAUGGUGACUAAAGGUCGAAGGUCGAGUACUUGGAGUAUGACAGCACAUGGAACUACUUUUGAAUUAGUUCCGACUUCUCCUCCCAAAGAUGUGACUGUGGUCAGCAAAGAGGGAAAACCUCGGACAAUAAUCGUUAACUGGCAGCCUCCAUCUGAAGCCAAUGGCAAAAUUACAGGAUAUAUAAUUUACUACAGUACGGAUGUGAAUGCUGAAAUACAUGACUGGGUUAUCGAACCUGUUGUGGGAAACAGACUGACCCAUCAGAUACAAGAACUGACCCUUGAUACACCAUAUUAUUUCAAAAUUCAGGCCCGCAACUCAAAGGGCAUGGGGCCUAUGUCUGAGGCCGUUCAGUUCAGAACCCCAAAAGCUGAAUCCUCAGAUAAAAUGCCUAAUGACCAAGCAUCAGGAUCUGCGGGGAAAGGCAGCCGCCCAGUGGACACAGGCCCGGAGUACAAACCACCGCUCGGAGGCAGUAACAGUCCCCAUGGAAGUCCUACUUCUGCCUUGGACAGCAACAUGCUUCUUGUGAUCAUAGUCUCUGUCGGAGUGAUCACCAUUGUGAUAGUGGUGAUAGUUGCCGUCUUCUGCACCCGCCGUACAACUUCUCACCAAAAAAAGAAACGAGCUGCCUGCAAAUCGGUUAAUGGCUCCCAUAAGUACAAAGGAAACUCCAAAGAUGUCAAGCCUCCUGACCUUUGGAUUCACCACGAAAGACUAGAGCUAAAACCCAUUGAUAAAUCUCCAGAUCCCAACCCAAUCAUGACAGAUACCCCAAUCCCACGCAACUCCCAAGACAUCACCCCAGUCGAUAAUUCCAUGGACAGCAAUAUCCAUCAAAGGCGGAAUUCCUACAGAGGGCAUGAGUCAGAGGAUAGCAUGUCCACACUGGCAGGAAGAAGGGGGAUGAGGCCCAAGAUGAUGAUGCCUUUUGAUUCUCAGCCACCUCAGCCUGUGGUUAGUGCUCAUCCCAUCCAUUCACUCGAUAACCCUCACCAUCAUUUCCACUCCGGCAGCCUCGCUUCUCAAACUCGCAGCUAUCUCCAUCACCAGAUCAACCCGUGGCCACUUGGCACGUCCAUGUCCCAUUCAGACAGGGCCAGUUCCACAGAAUCUGUUCGAAACACCCCCAGCACAGACACUAUGCCGGCUGCCUCGGCCCAGACCUGUGCUGACCACCAGGAACCUGAAAGCACCCCAGGAUCUUACCUGUCUAAUGCACAACAGGAGGAUUCGUCUCAAAACCUCCCCACAGCACAUGUCCGUCCUUCCCACCCGCUGAAGAGCUUUGCGGUGCCAGCGGUUCCACUGGCUGCUUCCCCAUACGACCCCACACUGCCAAGCACACCCUUACUGACCCAGCAAGCUUCUAGCCAUCCUGUUCACUCGGUGAAGACUGCAUCCAUUGGGACUUUAGGAAGAACUCGACCUCCGAUGCCAGUGGUAGUUCCCAGUGCCCCCGAUGUGCAGGAGACCACCAGGAUGCUCGAGGACUCGGAAAGCAGUUAUGAACCAGAUGAGCUGACCAAAGAGAUGGCCCACCUGGAAGGACUUAUGAAGGACCUUAAUGCCAUCACUACAGCAUGACCACCUUCACCAGGACAUAACUCCAAACAGCUUUGCAAGUCUGGGGACUCUGCCUUGGAACACAAGGAAUUGUACAGAGGGAAACAUUUAAAAAGAGGAAAAAAUGUAAAAAAAACCAAACAGGAAGAAGGACAGCACACAAGAGCACACAACCAACCAGUGCCCUCGUGCUACCGCUGCUCAGAGACCACCCUUGUCAUUGUCCUGCAAUGAAGUCAUUGCCAAGUUGAAUUCCUGCUGACAUCAUGCAGGAUGGGACGUGUCAGGCUGAAGUCCAGCAGCCAGACAAAAGGAAAAAAAAUGAACUUGACUUUUUGUUUUUCUGGUCAGGUUUUGUCUCAGUGGUGUGAUUGCCCUGCCUUUUCAGUGUUGGACAUUUGCAUUUAUGUACAAUUUUGUGUUUUUAUUUUAUCUUUUUUUAUAAAAAGGAAAAAAUAUUGUAAUCAAAAAAAAAAAAAAAAAGGAGAAACUGUUUUUUUUCCACAGCCUAGACUGACAUUUGACUGCUUGUUCUAUUGUGUAGGAAAAUUCAUUGCCAGCAUGGAUUGUUCUGUUUUGGUUUUUAUUCUGCGUAUAAUUCCGUCCCCUCCUGGCAGUUAAUCCAUGGCCUUUUAGGAUGCUGCACUGCUAUUUGUAAGCUUUUUUUUAUUAUUUUUAUAUUAUAAUUAUUAAAAGCCUGACUCUCUCCUCUCAUCACUGUGAGAUUAUCAAUCUGUUUGAAUUGAAAUGUAAUUUGAAAGGCUUGUUUGUCGCUUUUUGUGCAGUUUCAAUAUUUUGAGUGGGGAAAAAUAGAUGGGAAAGGGGAGGGGAUCCCGGGGGAGGUUUCAUUGUUGUUGUUUUAUUGUCUUUCUACAUCGGCUCGAAAGACUGAGGAAAAUGAAAGCAUCUUCUGUAACUCCCUUCCUUGUAACUUCAGCAUACUGUGUCUUUGGUUACCUAAUUGCAGCCAGAGUCUCAUUUAGAAACAUUAAAAAGAGUAAUUCCUCCUGUAAAAUAGAGUUCCUUAUGUUUAGAUACUACAGCUUAUUUUGGCAACAGUGCUCUGUUUUGUUGUUGUUAGGUUAAAGAUGGCAUUGGGAAACUCUGAACUGCAGUUUGCGUGCUCCUUCAGCAGGGAGCUCUGAGCCCAGGCAGCAGCAUGCGGUGCUUAACCCUCUGCCUGGCUUGGGGCCACCUGCACCUCCCAGAGCAGAGAGCUAUUGGCCUCUUCCCAAGCAGCAGCACACCCCAUCAUGCUUUUCAGAACACCACGUGUCCACAGGAUCCUUCAGCAGUGAGUCAACCCCAGUGCAGUUUCUCUAGCCCAGGCCAUUGAAACAAGAAUCCUUCUCUUAAGGGAUUCUUCAUAUAUAAGCAAGGCAAAAACAUAUUUUUCUACACUUCUGAAACCAUUUGAAAAGAAAAACUGCGUUAGCGACUCAGGUGCUGUUCAUAGAUGUGUCUAGAAAGAAGGGCAAGUUAAAAGGGAACUCGGAUGUGAGGGGAAGGACAAGGGCUUGUUCUUUUCUCCAGGUACGAUUGCCUGGCUUCACUGUAGUCCAUGAGGAGGAACAGCUUAAAAAGAGGGACUGUAUUUUAGUACAAAAAGGAAAAACAGUCCUACCCAGCUACCUGAGCUACUCAUGCACAUUUCACUUUUUAAAGAUGAAAGGAAGCUCAAAACUUAGCGAUGAUAGAAAUGGAGACUCUUGGGCAGCGAGGUGACUUGGCAUUCAGCAGUGACAGCGGAGGCUGCGCAGGUAACGUGUGCCUUGGGCAUGGGGCUGCUGCCACCGUCACCCUGCCUCUGCUUGAGGGCGGCACCUGCUGGAACCCGAAGAGGAAAUGCUGUAAUCUGCUUAAAUUUGAAUUAAAAAAACCCAACAAACCCACCCAAGAAUUUUGCUUCAUUUAUUUUUUCCUAUCCAUUUGGUGAAAGCGAAUGCUCUGGGCCCAUUUUCAUAGUCCCUGUCAGCAAGAGAAGGGUGAGCCAACGUAGUAUCUUGGAGAGGAGCAGAGCCUUGUUUUGCAGUUUUUACUUCCUUUCUUUUCCUGGACCCUUUGUGUUUGUUGGGUUUAUUUAUUAUGUGAGGGGGGAGGGAAUCAAAUGAGCACCGCAGGCCACUUGGAUAUUCGAUGUUUGGACUUCUAAUCAAUACAAUUCAGGGCAGAAUAAGCUACAGAAUAUGUGUUUAAAUAAUAAAAUAGGCACCCUGUCUGGAAAGGAGGGGGUGUAUCUUUUCCUUUGCCUAUUUUUUACCUAUACCCAAAGAAAUACCAUCAUACAUACACAGUGUUCUUAGCUGGUGGGUCUUUGUGAAUAUUACUUAUGUAUAACACCAUGAAUGUUAAUAUUGUCAUUGAAUUUGGGGAGGGGGAAUAUUUUUAAUGAUAAAACAACUGUUCAAAGUUGUUUUUUUUAAGGUUAAACUAAAAAAAAAAACAUUUAUUCAAUUCAGUGUACAAUCUGUAUUGCACUUUUUCAUAUUUUAAUGCUACAUUUUCUUACAUAUCCUGUGAUUUUACAUUUGGAAUGAUGUGUAUCCUUGCAGUGUCAUAGUUGAGCUGUUGAGUGACAGCUUCCCUCAGAGAUAUUUGGGGAAAAAAACAAACAUGUAUAUUGUUUUAUGAUUCUCAUGUAGAAUAAUUUUGAGGACUGCUGUAGAUGCCUACCUUUCUGUAUAUUUUUUUUGCUUUUCUGUAGUAUUUGCUGUAUACUCUAUGGCUUUUU